AACUGUUUAACCGGAUCCCAUUGUACCCGGAGCGCAGAGCCGCCUUUCCAGCAUGCAGGGGUUCCUCAGAGUUUAGUUACUUCAAGAAAUAGAACAGAAAUCAGCCAUGGCCCCAAGGAAGAGAGGUGGACGGGGGAUUUCAUUCAUCUUUUGCUGUUUCCGAAAUAAUGAUCACCCAGAAAUCACCUAUCGGCUGCGAAACGAUAGCAACUUUGCGCUUCAGACCAUGGAGCCAGCAUUACCCAUGCCCCCUGUGGAGGAGCUGGAUGUCAUGUUCAGUGAACUUGUGGAUGAACUUGACCUGACAGACAAACACAGGGAAGCUAUGUUUGCACUUCCAGCUGAGAAGAAAUGGCAAAUAUACUGUAGCAAGAAAAAGGACCAGGAAGAAAACAAGGGAGCAACAAGUUGGCCUGAAUUCUACAUUGAUCAGCUCAAUUCCAUGGCUGCUAGAAAAUCUCUCCUGGCUUUAGAGAAGGAAGAGGAAGAAGAGAGAAGUAAAACUAUAGAGAGUUUGAAAACAGCACUAAGGACAAAACCAAUGAGGUUUGUAACCAGAUUCAUUGACUUGGAUGGCCUAUCAUGUAUCCUCAACUUUCUAAAGACCAUGGACUAUGAGACCUCAGAGUCUCGAAUACAUACCUCUCUCAUUGGUUGUAUAAAGGCGCUAAUGAACAACUCUCAAGGUCGGGCUCAUGUCCUGGCCCACUCUGAGAGUAUAAACGUGAUUGCUCAGAGUCUGAGCACAGAGAACAUUAAAACCAAGGUGGCCGUGCUGGAAAUCUUGGGCGCCGUGUGCCUGGUUCCCGGGGGUCACAAGAAGGUUCUGCAGGCCAUGCUGCACUACCAGAAGUAUGCCAGUGAAAGAACUCGCUUUCAGACAUUAAUCAAUGACUUGGAUAAAAGCACAGGACGGUAUCGAGAUGAAGUGAGUCUCAAGACUGCCAUCAUGUCCUUCAUCAACGCAGUGCUAAGCCAAGGCGCUGGGGUGGAAAGUUUGGACUUUAGACUUCAUCUUCGCUACGAAUUUCUGAUGUUAGGAAUUCAACCUGUAAUAGAUAAAUUAAGGGAACAUGAAAAUUCAACAUUAGAUAGGCAUUUAGAUUUUUUUGAAAUGCUGAGAAAUGAAGAUGAACUAGAAUUUGCCAAAAGAUUUGAACUGCUUCACAUAGACACAAAAAGUGCGACUCAGAUGUUCGAGCUGACCAGGAAGAGGCUGACCCAUAGUGAAGCUUACCCUCACUUCAUGUCCAUCCUGCACCACUGCCUCCAAAUGCCUUACAAGAGAAGUGGCAACACCGUUCAGUACUGGCUACUACUAGAUAGAAUUAUACAGCAGAUAGUCAUUCAGAAUGACAAAGGACAGGACCCUGACACCACACCUUUGGAAAACUUUAACAUUAAGAAUGUCGUACGAAUGUUGGUUAAUGAAAAUGAAGUUAAGCAGUGGAAAGAACAAGCAGAAAAAAUGAGAAAAGAGCACAAUGAGUUGCAACAGAAACUGGAAAAGAAAGAGCGCGAAUGUGAUGCCAAGACCCAAGAGAAGGAGGAGAUGAUGCAGACCUUAAAUAAAAUGAAAGAGAAGCUCGAAAAGGAGACCAGCGAGCAUAAGCAAGUCAAGCAGCAGGUGGCAGAUCUCACAGCACAGCUCCACGAGCUUAGCAGGAGAGCUGUCUGUGCUUCAGUCCCAGGUGGACCCUCCCCUGGAGCCCCAGGGGGGCCCUUUCCUUCCUCUGUCCCAGGGUCCCUCCUUCCCCCUCCACCACCCCCACCCCUACCAGGUGGAAUGCUUCCUCCUCCGCCUCCUCCCCUUCCUCCAGGCGGCCCUCCUCCUCCCCCAGGGCCUCCUCCCUUAGGGGGGAUCAUGCCACCUCCUGGUGCUCCACUGGGUCUGGCACUCAAGAAGAAAAACAUUCCUCAGCCCACAAAUGCUCUGAAAUCCUUCAACUGGUCUAAGCUGCCUGAGAACAAACUUGAAGGAACAGUAUGGACCGAAAUUGAUGAUACGAAAGUCUUCAAAAUUCUAGACCUGGAAGACCUGGAGAGAACAUUCUCUGCCUACCAAAGGCAGCAGGAUUUCUUUGUGAACAGUAACUCCAAGCAGAAAGAAGCAGAUGCCAUUGAUGACACACUGAGUUCCAAACUUAAAGUCAAAGAACUUUCGGUGAUUGAUGGUCGGAGAGCUCAGAAUUGCAACAUCCUUCUAUCGAGGUUGAAAUUGUCCAAUGAUGAAAUCAAACGAGCAAUUCUAACAAUGGACGAGCAGGAAGAUCUGCCCAAGGACAUGUUAGAACAGCUCUUGAAAUUUGUCCCCGAAAAAAGUGACAUUGACCUGUUGGAGGAACAUAAGCAUGAACUGGAUCGGAUGGCCAAGGCUGACAGGUUCCUUUUUGAGAUGAGCCGAAUCAGUCAUUACCAGCAACGACUGCAGUCGCUGUACUUCAAAAAGAAGUUUGCAGAGCGUGUGGCUGAAGUGAAACCUAAAGUAGAAGCAAUUCGUUCUGGCUCAGAAGAGGUGUUUAGGAGCAACGCCCUGAAGCAGUUGCUGGAAGUGGUUUUGGCAUUUGGAAAUUACAUGAAUAAAGGCCAAAGAGGCAAUGCGUAUGGAUUCAAGAUCUCUAGCCUAAACAAGAUUGCUGACACAAAAUCUAGUAUUGACAAGAACAUUACGCUUUUGCACUAUCUCAUAACCAUUGUGGAAAAUAAAUACCCCAAGGUCCUCAAUCUAAAUGAAGAACUACAGGACAUUCCUCAAGCAGCAAAAGUAAACAUGACUGAGCUGGACAAGGAAAUAAGUACCUUGAGAAGUGGCCUGAAAGCAGUAGAGAUGGAGCUAGAAUAUCAGAAGUCUCAGCCCCCACAGCCCGGAGAUAAAUUUGUGUCUGUUGUCAGCCAGUUCAUCACAGUAGCCAGCUUCAGCUUCUCUGAUGUUGAAGACCUUCUAGCAGAAGCUAAAGACCUGUUUACUAAAGCAGUGAAACACUUUGGGGAAGAGGCCGGCAAAAUCCAGCCGGAUGAGUUCUUUGGCAUUUUUGAUCAAUUCCUUCAAGCUGUGUCAGAAGCCAAACAAGAGAAUGAAAACAUGAGAAAGAAGAAGGAGGAGGAGGAACGCCGCGCUCGCAUGGAGGCCCAGCUCAAAGAACAGCGUGAAAGGGAACGUAAAAUGAGAAAAGCAAAAGAGAAUAGUGAAGAAGGUGGAGAGUUCGAUGACCUGGUUUCAGCCUUACGUUCAGGAGAAGUGUUUGACAAAGACCUUUCUAAACUGAAACGGAACCGCAAGCGUAUUACAAACCAGAUGACGGACAGCAGCCGAGAGAGACCUGUCACAAAACUUAAUUUCUAAUUUUCCUUGGAUACUUUUUUAGAAAGCUCAUUAGCAGCCCUUUGAAGUGACUAGAACUUUUCAUUACACUGCCUUGCAAUCCAAACAGUGGCAAUUUCUUCAUCUGUGAGUGAAUGCGUGAAUGUGUGUGUAUGUAAAUGUAUGUGUACAUAUAUAUUAAAAAAUGUAUAUAGAAGUCUGAGUGUUGUCUGGAGACCUAUAUGUAUGGUUAAAAACAAAACUCUAUGUUAAUGUAUGUGCUCAGAAACCCUUCGUGUAUGCAUUUGUACCGAAUAUGGCUCAUUUUCUUCCCCUGAACACCAUGGCUGUUCAGAAGCACAAUACUAUCUCCUGAAAGAGAUGACAGAGACAUUCCCUAGAGUAAAAAAAAAAAAGAAGAAAGAAAGAAAGAAAAGAAAAA